UUUAUAAGUAAAAAUCUCCACACUUCUCUUCUCUUCUCUUCUCCACUCAUCUAAAUUCCUCUUCAACACAGAGCAACCGUUUGCUGCUGCUGCUGCUGCUUCUUCUUCUUCCCCUCUACACAUGAGAACGACAAGGAGGAGGGAGAUUUAUUUGCAGUAGUACUACUUCAAGUGAUGGAGAGCGGAGAUUAUGCGUCGUCCCACAUGGACGAAUCUCGACCGUCCUUGGGCUUCCCUAUUGGGGCAGCCCUUCUCUUGAUAGUCGUCUUCACUUUGAGUGGAGUCUUCUCCUGUUGCUACCACUGGGAGAGAAUCCGAACACUCCGUCGAUCUUCCGCCCGCAACACGGAUCUCGAGGCAGAUAACGAUGGACCACCCUCCAAACCUCAACGCAUACGCAUGGAUCCAAAGCAAAUCCAAAGCCAAAGCUUACCGGUACUGAUGCCCGGCGAUCACAUGCCGAAGUUCAUAGCAAUGCCGUGUCCUUGCGAGCCUCCACGACCGGAGAACAUCAUCGUACAGGUGCAGAAGCUCCCUAAGCCGCCGCGAAUAGCCGUGCCGUUGUACUAGCAAAUUGGAGAUUUCUUGUAUAUAUGAAUCCUAUUUACCAUGAGAAUUACUUAGCCGUGUCCUUGCAAGCCUCCGUUUUACUCAAGAACGGAAUCAGGAUUUUACUUUAGCAGUGUCGAAAUGUAUAUUAAAAAAUUUAGUGAUGGUGAGACUAUAUAAGUUGGGCAUAAUUUUUUUUUACAUAUAAUAAUUGUAUUUUCUAAAA